AUGGGAUCCUCAGCAAAGAAGAAGAAGGAGAAGAAGCAGGACUUUCAGAAGCCAAAGCUCAAAGUCGGCAAGGCGCGACCAAAGAACACCAACGCGACCGAUACCAGCUUCUCGGCAAAGUCGAUUGUUCUCAAGCAACAGAAUCUCAGCGAGUCAGGUCGAAAUGCUACGGAUCUGUUCCAUCACAACUUGAGCUUACUAAGCAGCAAGAAUGACACCCAGCGGCGGGAUGCAUUGACGAACCUCAUCGCAGCCAUUGCUGCCAACGCUGGCGACUUGCCCCAGCCGACCACCGUGAUAUUGAGUAGAGUACAGCCUCUGAUCCUGGACGGCAGCAGUUCUGUCAGGCAACAGCUCGUCAAGCUGUUCAAAGUCUUGCCCAGGGCAGAUGCAAGCGCAUUCGAGUCGACAUUGCUGUAUAUCCUGGCUGGCAUGAAUCACUUGUCGAUUGACACUCGAGCGACUGCGCUAGAUGUACUGGAAUGGAUGCUAGAGACCAACGGAGAAGGCCUCGUCAGUAUCGCUGGUGGAUGGACCAAGACUCUACGGAAUUUUCAACGACAACUGGGAUGGGAUGGCGAUCAAAGCAAGCCGACGACUACCAGCAAUGGCACUUGGUCCACCACUAAGUCUACAAGCAAUGACCUCGGCAGUAAUAAGCUACUCGUACAUCAAUUGACAACACUGUCUCAUCUGCUGACGGCUGGCCUCAAGAAAGCACAGCCAGAUCCACGAGCGGCGGCGCAACAAGCAGCAGCACUUUUUCCCCUCUGGCAGACAGAUGCGCAUAUGAUAUCGACGAGAGGCGAUCCACUCGGCUACUUGAACAUAUUUGGGGCUCCUCGUGAUGUGGAGAAUGAGGUCUAUGAUGAUGCCGAUGAGCGCGCAGAGGUGUUCAAGGAUCUUGCGAUGAAUGCUUCCUUCACGGAAGGUGUCAAAGAGGUGAAGAAAGUGGGAGGCGAAGUCGGGCGAGCCGCAGCAGCGGUUGACAAGGCGCUGAGGCUUGUCGACAGUACAUGA